CGCGCGCCCCCGCGCGCACACAUGGUCGGCUCGCCGCAAAGUUUCGCCCGCGCCCGCCGCUCCGGGGUCCCGCCGCGGCGCUCGGGGCCGUCACCUUGAACUUCCCGGCGGUGACACGCUCUCCGCUCUCCCCGCCCGCCCCCCGCGCCCCCUCCCCGCCUUUUUUAAAAAAGCAUUUCACGGUGCACCGCCGCCCCUAGCAGCCCCGCGCGAACCUCCGCGCACCCCCAGCCCACGACAACAACAACAACGACAACAACAACUGCAAAACAGAAAACAGAUCCCCGGAGCCCGGCGGAGAGCGGCGGCGCGGCCUCGGGAGCUCGGCCCGCGCGCGGCGGAGGUUCAAGUGCAGAUUGGAUUUCGCCCCGGGAAGCGCCGCGCCGGCUGAACUUGAGCUCCGCUCCGCGAGGAGGACGGGCGUGCCGCGGGCGGCGGCGACAGCGCCGAGCCCGUCCGAGCGAGCGCCGCGGGGCCCAGGGCUGUAACAUGAAUAGAUGAGAUUCUCGCUUCGUGAGGAUCUUCUUGGGCAUCUCCGGGAAAGUGCGUCCUAAGGCGAAGUCAUGAUGUAUUCUCCCAUCUGUCUCACUCAGGAUGAAUUUCACCCGUUCAUCGAGGCGCUUCUUCCACACGUCCGCGCAAUUGCCUAUACUUGGUUCAACCUGCAGGCUCGAAAACGCAAGUACUUUAAGAAGCACGAGAAGCGAAUGUCCAAGGAUGAAGAGAGAGCAGUCAAAGACGAGCUGCUUAGCGAAAAGCCCGAAAUCAAACAGAAGUGGGCAUCCAGGCUCCUGGCCAAACUGCGCAAAGAUAUCCGCCAGGAGUACCGGGAGGACUUUGUGCUCACCGUGACUGGCAAAAAGCACCCGUGCUGCGUCUUAUCCAACCCUGACCAGAAGGGUAAGAUUAGGAGGAUCGACUGCCUGCGGCAGGCAGACAAAGUCUGGCGUCUGGAUCUAGUCAUGGUGAUCCUGUUCAAAGGCAUCCCUUUGGAGAGUACGGACGGCGAGCGGCUCAUGAAGUCCCCACAUUGCACAAACCCAGCACUUUGUGUGCAGCCGCACCACAUCACAGUGUCAGUUAAGGAGCUUGACUUGUUUUUGGCAUACUACGUGCAGGAGCAAGAUUCUGGACAAUCAGGAAGUCCAAGCCACAACGAUCCUGCCAAGAAUCCUCCAGGAUACCUGGAGGACAGUUUUGUAAAAUCUGGAGUCUUCAACGUGUCAGAACUUGUGAGGGUAUCCAGAACACCCAUAACCCAGGGAACUGGAGUCAAUUUUCCAAUUGGAGAAAUCCCGAGCCAGCCGUACUAUCAUGACAUGAACUCCGGGGUUAACCUGCAGAGGUCACUGUCUUCUCCACCAAGCAGCAAAAGACCCAAAACUAUAUCCAUAGAUGAAAAUAUGGAACCAAGUCCUACAGGAGACUUCUACCCCUCUCCAAAUUCACCAGCUGCUGGGAGUCGAACAUGGCAUGAAAGAGACCAAGAUAUGUCUUCUCCAACUGCUAUGAAGAAGCCUGAAAAGCCAUUGUUCAGCUCCACAUCUCCGCAGGACUCUUCCCCACGACUGAGCACUUUCCCACAGCACCACCACCCCGGGAUUCCUGGAGUCGCACACAGUGUCAUCUCAACUCGAACUCCACCCCCACCCUCACCGCUGCCAUUCCCCACACAAGCUAUCCUUCCUCCAGCCCCGUCGAGCUACUUUUCUCAUCCAACAAUCAGAUAUCCUCCGCACCUGAACCCUCAGGAUACUCUGAAGAACUAUGUACCUUCUUAUGACCCAUCCAGUCCGCAGACCAGCCAGCCUAACAGCAGUGGUCAAGUGGUAGGGAAAGUGCCUGGCCAUUUCACUCCGGUCUUGGCCCCCUCUCCCCAUCCCAGUGCAGUGCGACCUGUGACCCUGGCCAUGACAGAUACUAAACCCAUCACUACAUCCACUGAAGGUGAGGCAGCUUCACCUACAGCAACCACCUACACAGCCUCAGGCACACCUCAAGCCAGUCGAUAUGUGGGACUAAGCCCAAGAGACCCAUCCUUCCUCCAUCAGCAACAGCUGAGGAUUUGUGACUGGACCGUGAAUCAAAACGGCAGGCAUUUAUACCCCAGUACCGGUGAGGAUACAUUGGGAAUUACUUGGCAAAGUCCUGGUACCUGGGCUAGCUUGGUUCCUUUCCAAGUGUCAAAUAGGACACCCAUCCUACCGGCAAAUGUCCAAAAUUAUGGUUUGAACAUAAUUGGAGAACCUUUCCUUCAAGCAGAAACGAGCAACUGAGGGAAAAAGAAAUACAACAGUAGUUUUAAAAAAUUAAAAAAAAAAAAAAAAGGAAACGAGGAAGACUGGACAAAACAAAGGGAGAAAGGAAAGCAACUGAAGAAAGAAGACGGUAGACCAGCAGUCGAAGCACUUACAAUCACUAAUCCCUUAAGGUUGGAAGUAUAAUGACAUUAAAAGGGUCGAUGAUAUUUCACUGAUGGUAGAGCGCAGCCCUGCAGCGUGGCCUUUGUUACACGAAGUCCGCUGGGAAAUAGAUGUUCUGUCUCGAUGACAAUAUAUUUUAACUGACUUUCUAGAUGCCUUAAUAUUUGCAUGAUAAGCUAGUUUUCUUGGUUUAGUAUUCUCGUUGUUUACGCAUGGAAUCACCAUUCCUGGUUAUCUCACCAACGAGGCUGGGGCGGCGUCAGGUGCUGGCCGCAGAGCCAUGGGCCAGCCAUCCUUGAGCACUCUCAUUUCUCAAAGUUAAAAAAAUAUAUAUAUAUGAAAUCUCUGUAGCCUUUAGUGAUCAGUACAAAUCUAUUACAUUUUGGCCCUUAACCCAGCCUUUUCCAGUGUGUAACCCAGUUCGAAAUCUUAAAAAAGACAGAAAAGGUAAAAAAAGAAAAAAAAAAUUUAAAAAAAGGAAAAAAGGAAAAAAAAAAAACAAAACAGUUUCAACUCAAAGGCUCUAUGGAAGAAAUGCCUCUACGUAGGUGAAGCGCCAUCUCCGCAUGCAACAGUAAAACUUAAUAUAAUGUUUUCCCCACAAAAGAAACACUUAACAGAGGCAAGUGCAAUUUAUAAAUUUAUAUCUAAAGGGGAAUCAUGAUUAUAAGUCCUUCAGCCCUUGGACUCUAAAUUGAGGGGAUUAAAAAGAAGUUAAAAUAAUUUUGAACAAAUUUAUUUUCCCCUCAGUUUUUGAGGGCAUUUAAAAAGGCAUUAAAUCAAGACAAAUCAUGUGCUUGAGAAAAAAAAAAUUAAUGAAAACACAGCACUUAUGUUGGUUUAGCUGCAGCCUCCUUGGAGGUAGAAUUUAUUUAUUUAAAAUUACUGGUUGCAUCAAGAACCCAUAGGGUGUACAAAGGUUCUACAAAAUCUGCAUUCUAGAGACAAAAGAGGCAGGCAAAUCCAUGUCACAAGGGUAAAGCUUACAGUUUACAAACUGGGAAUGCCAGGGUGUAGGAUAUUUUUUAAAAAGGAAAAAAAAAAUGCACUCUUGAGAAAACAAAUGUAAUGAGGGUGCUGAAAACUUGCAUGGUGCUUUCAGACAUUAGCCUUGUUCAACCAAUUCCUUGUAUUGACAGAUACAUAGUGUGCAUGGGCAGACACAUUUUGCCUCUAUGUCUCUUAAAAUUUUAAUUAAAAAUACUCUCUCCAGUAAUCCUAAUUUGCACGAAGACAUAACGUCCACAUCACGUGCCUUGCCUUGAAGUCUAAAAAACAAAAAACAUAAAAAAACAAAAAGUGACAUCACUACACUUGUUUUGCUGCAUUUAUUAUCAUUUUAAAUCUUUACCAUUUUUAUGACAAAAUAUUUUGUACUCCAGACGAAGAAAAAUGUGUGACAUCAUGGAUUUUUUAGACAGUUAUACCUUUAUCUCACAUUUAUAAAGCAUAUCAUGGCUGUGUAUAGUUGCCGCUUAAAAAUUGUAAUCGACCAGCAAUAUUUUCAGUAUUUUGGUGUUUUUUCUAUUAACCUUUCAUGUUUUUCAUCUUCCAAUUAAUAUUGGGGGGAGGGGUUUCAAAUUUAUACGAAUUAUGCAAUACCAAGUUUUGCCUAUGUAGGUAGUGCUUUUAGCUGUAUUGGUUAUUAUAGGUAAGUACACAGAUUUUUAAAAAAAAUAAUUAUGCUUUUUUGUUUGUUUGUUUGUUUUAAUUGACCAAAGUGGGCACUGCUAUUUUUGCAGCGUGAUGAGGUCCUUUUGUGUACUGAGAGAUGGACAGGGGAUUUUUUUUAAUAUACAUAUAUAUAUUCUGGGGUGGGUGGGAGGAUUUUUAACACUUUACAGUGUAGCUGUGAAGCAGUGCACCCUGGGAUGGGCCCGAGCUGCAAAGCGACUGUUCUGCCUACUGUGACGAGCUUCAACUUACGCAGGUUCCCCCCCUCAUGUCCUACCUGGGGUGCAAGCUGAACUUACUUCUGGCUUUCAGAGCAACAGAAUAGUAAGAAAGCAGACAUUACAGAUUCUCCCGGAGGCAGAUGUGGCUUAGAAGAAAAACUGUCCUAGUUGAAUGUGGUGGUAGUUUUUCUUGGAAGUUGCGGAUCCGCAGCGGAGAGUGAGCCUGUCUCCUGCUUGGCGAAUGCGCUUGUUAGGAAGCCCGGAGAGCUGAUCCUGGACAUUUCACACGUGGGGCUUCAACACAGGAAUAUGCUUUCUCCUACCAAACACUUAGACCAACUGGAAGGAGUGCUUCCGUGGCCCUUCCCCUCCACCCCCUUGCCCUAGUUCCUCAUUUAUUAAUGACAAAAACCAUAUUAAGAAUAUGAUUUACCUGUGACUUACUACUUCCAAUGAAUAGCAGUGCGCUUCCGUUUCUUCCGGUAUCCAGCAGAUUGAAUGGAAGGUUGCUAUUGCUGAAUGUAUUUGGACUGAUAGAUUAAAAUCAAAGUUCAGUUUUUAAGGAACAGAGUAAAUAGAUAAAUCUUUUUGUUUUUAAUUUUACCUGCCCUUUUAAACUGAAAACUAGAACAGAGAGAAUAUAGAAUUUUAAGAAGUUAAUUUUCCUGUGGAUGAAUUAAGCCUAUUAGAUACUGAUGGGAUGUUUUUCAAAGGGUGGUACCUCAAAUAUAUAUUUGAUUUAGUGGCUCCUGAGGGUAGGAGGGUGAACGGAGGCUGCCGUGUUUUGUCCUUUCUCCCCUCUCCCAGCCCCCUUUCGUGAAUUCGCUGUUAGAGGGAAUAUUCCACAAUUGGUGGUACAUGGUAGGCUGUCAUAAGGAGUCCCUGGCUCCCUUCCCCAGACCAUUGCCUGAUGCACAAACUCUCAGUUGUUCUACUUCAGAACAGCGCGUAUGAGCUGCAGAAUGACUUGUGCUUAGCGCGUUCGCUCUGCGAGCCCAAACACUGAAUAGCAAGGCGGGAUCCUAGCGGCCCAGGUCCAGAGGAAGCCCAGCCAUUUCUGUGACACUUGCCCCCUGCAAGCCAGCCACCUGGGCCGAGCCCUCGGUGCCCCUGACCUACUAAGGAGCACCUCGACCUCACAGGACACGCAGUAUUCUUUGCAGGCAGGCUCACCACCUUGCCUCUGCAGCGAGUGAGCAGUUCUAGCUUGACCAAGCGAUGCUCCAUGGUAUUCCUGCCUGCGUCUCGACUCUGAAGGCCUAGUGCCAGUGUUGCUUUACUUUUAAAUCCAUUUUUUUCUCACUUCCUUUUGAAUUAAAACUGUUGAAAAUACUACUAUAUAAUCUCAAGUCCACUGUUUGGCCUCCUCCUCUCUUACCAGGAAGUAUAUUCUGACGAAGGGCCCCACUUUUGCAGAUCUUGCACGCCCCUCCCUUACCCAGAACUGCAGGGCUUCCGCUGGUGAAGGGCACCCAAGGGCACCCGUGGGUCGUGGUACUGGCCAGCCUCCGUUGCUUUGCUUUGCAGCCCAGCCCUCAGUGCCUCUGCAGCAUGUUCCUCCUGGAGUGAUGUGAGCGUUCGAGGCUUGGCUAAGGAGAAAGGAAGGAAGGAAGGAAAGGCAGUGAAGGAGACUGUACAUAAAGACAUGGCAGAAAUCUUAAUUAUAGCAAUAUAGUUGUCGGGUGAUUUUCGGGUGGGCAGCUCCACUAAACAGUAUGUGAAUGAAUCUGAAGCUGCGAGUAGCAGGAAGAGCGGGAGGUCUUCUUAACGAACCGCCUACCUUGUAGACAGUAAUUUGUACACUGUAUAGUUUUGUUAAGAAUUUUUUUUAAAUUAAAAUUCCCAUGUUUGUAAAGCUAACUUUUUAACAAUUAUAAUGGAACUAUAUGUUGUUUCCAUUUUUAAAGUAAACAAGAAUAUUCCUUGUUUAGAGGCUGGACUUGAGUUAAAACUCUCCAGGCUCUUAAGUUAUGUAUUAAAAAAAAAAUCUGUCCAUGUUAGGAGUUAUUUCAGAUUCCUGUGCUUGAAAAGCAUAGGAUACUAAUCCUUUAAAAAAGUGUAAAUGGAGAAAAGUUAUAUUUUAUGAAGGUUAUUUUGUUGUAUUUAGUAUUGGAAAAGUUGGUUUUCAGAGCAUUUCAGAAUGUUGGAAGCACCACUGUCUUUUUAUUAGUAUAUAAGGCCUUUAGCAGAAGUUUUUGUGAUUGUUACGUGAUGGUAUUUAAGGUUAAGUUUCACAGAGCAUUCAGGAUAGGCAGAAAACGAAAUUAGUGCUGUGUCUCACAUAACGUGUCCUCAGGGAGCAGAAUCUUGGAUUUGUGGCUUGUAGCUUCAUAAGGACUCAACAAAAGAGAUUGCACAGGGCCAUCUCAGCAGCGUGACAGCAGGACAUGUUUUCCACCUGGACUCGGAUUCUAUGACGUGUGAAACAGUGAAGGCUGCGGAAGGUUAUCCCGUAUUCAGUGUACAGUGUUCGUUCUUGAUGAAGCAACUCUACAAUAUUGCUGGCAGAUAGGCCCCGAGCAUGACGUUCAGUACAGUUUACAUGUUCCUGUCAAGGUCUUUUGUUAAUACUAACCAGCUGCAUGCUUCCUGGACUUUAAGAAAUUGGUUUCUAUAGAAAACUUUUUUUGUUAAUGUGCAGGCUAUUCAAGUUCAAUAAUAAAAGCUCAAAAUUGAAUGUUGUACUCCAUGCUGAAGGAGCUGAAAGCUGCCUUCUUCAUAUUUUGCACUUU